AUGGAGAAGCUGUGGGCGGUCGUGUGCCUCGAGGCGACAGACGCCCUGGACGACCCGUGGGUCAAUCCCCUGGCUGCCACGGCGCUGAGCCUGCGGGACUUGCCAUGCGAGAGGGUGCUCGUCUGCGCGGCGGAGCUGGACUCCCUGCCGAACGGAUCACGAAUUCUCAUUCCAUCGCAACAUGCUGCCAUUCGCAAACGACUAAACAGAUCAUGUUAG